CAGAAAACCUCUAAUAUUUCAGAACAGCCAACCAUGAAUACGUUAUAUCCAAGUCAGUUGGCCAACGAAGAUGCAGCCAGGCUCUUCGAUGAACUGGCAGAGGAAAUUCUCAAUGCUUCGGACCGGAUUUUUCCACUUUCGAAACCUAUCGAUAGCUCGCAGACGACUUUCACACUCAGCGAGAUGGCUGUGAUGAAAGACGCCGGAUCUGAUUCAUUUCCCGAAGAAGUAAUUAUCUGCCAGAAAGCUCGUCUUCAUCAUAUUACGACAGAGAAGUUAAAGGUUUUCAAGGGUCGGUGCUGCUGUGUAGGCGAACCACAUACCGACAACUUGACCUACAAGUUCAUAAAAGGGAAGAGCCUUCUCACAGAGGAACUACAUCUUGAUGGGCGGCGCAAAUGGUUUAUCAUUGUAGUGAAGCCGGAACCACCAACGCUGGUCGUUGUUCGAUUAUCAGAAGUUUCACCAAUAUAUUAUAGAGAGGUUGAAGCGAUAUCAGAGAACAUUCGUUCUCACGGAGUAUCCCGCAAGCGUGUUUUCGGCAUGUCAGUUAUGCCCAGCACGGCGGAGAUGAUACAGAACGACUGGGGAUUUCCAUCUGCCGGAAUAGAGAAAGUUGUCCUCCAUUCGUCUAACACAAGAACAUUACUUCCAAAGCCCUUGCGUGUCGAGCUAAAGCACUUUGGGGUGUCCGAAUCUCCUUAUACGGGGAAGGGAUGGGGUCAAGGGGGUUUGACAAGUCUAUUGCCCCAGUCCUACUUUUGUAUCCUGGAAAAUGGAUCUUGUAGGGGCGAGGAAGACUGGGAAGUGCGAGUUAGCCUGAAUACACGACUAUGUCACGUAACCAAUCCUCUUGGUAGGCUUGUUGUCACUCUUAAGGAUACGAGAGUGCUUCGGGACAUUGCCCGAAGACAGCAGAGGCCCGAGAGUGAUGUUGACUUUUACUUCGAUCGACGUGAAGACGCAGAGUUGUUCGCGGCGUAUCUGAAAGCUGCUCAGGACAGACUGCGGGAACUGUUCGUCCGUGGCCCAAUAGAAAAUGAGCAAAUCGUGGAUUUACGGUUGCUUGGUGCUGAUUCUAGUCAAAGUACUGAAGCUAACACUUGGAGGGAGCCUCCAGCACUCACCGAUAAUGGCACACGAGCAGAAAUUAGAUGUAUAUUGGUAUCAUCACAAGAAGGUGCAGAGCAGAGGUACAGGGCAAUCCUUUCGCGAGAAGGAUACCCUGAUACUGUUUGUAUCAACUUUAAGGACAAAACACCUCAGAUAGCUCAAAGAGGCCUCUUGAAGUCUCUACGAGACCUUGAGAUAUGGGUAAGCGAUUAUGAUGAGAGCGGCAAGUCUAUAGUCUCUCAGAUGAGCUGGGAGGAACUCACUCGACGAGGAACCAAGACACAAAGCCUCAGAGCCACAUUCAUCAGGAGCGAAAACGAGCGCACGGCGGGUGAUUGGCUCGAUGAGGUAGACGACUUGAUCAGAACCAUGCGGGGCGACAGAAAUGACCGCUACGAACGCGUAAAGAUCGCCAUCAUCGACUCUGGUCUUCAUGAUAGAGAGAGAAGUCAUUACCGAGCUGAGUAUAAAGACUUUACCAGUGUCCCUAAGAAUGACUCGUGGCACGGUACGUGCUGUGCUGCGAUCAUUCAGGGAAUAUAUGAGGAGGCUAGACUGUAUAUCGCAAGGGUAUUUGAGAGGGAUCACGCCGAUGAGAUUGAGGGACCUCUUCGGAUGGCGAGGGCUAUUCACUGGGCCAUCGAGCCACCGCGUUCCGUCGACAUCAUCAGUAUCGCCGCCGGCUUUCGCAAUUACUCCAAAGAACUCGAUGAGGCCGUGACGAAAGCCAAAGCAGCAGGCGUUCUUGUUAUAGCCGCAGCGUCGAAUUGGCAAAACACAAGCACCGUAGCUUUCCCGGCACGGCAUAAUCUCAGCGCCAUGUGCAUCUACUCAACUAACACGGGAAAUCAGAGCUCGAGCUUUAAUCCGGAGCCUCGGGCAGAUACACAGAACUUUGCUAUUAUAGGCGAAGGCUUUCAGCAUCCGGAUCAGAGAAGGAAUGAGCGCAUGAGUGGGACUUCGAUGGCGACAGCUGUGGCUGUGGGACUGGCUGCGAGGAUAGUGGACUUUUCAAGGCAAAGGGGCAACAAAGAGUCCAUCUUUAGAGCACAAGAUGUAGGCAAGCUGCCUGGAAUGCUGUCAAUAUUCAGCACUAUCUCAAAGCCGGCAGGUAAUCUCAGAUAUAUCUCACCACUGGAGUUGCUGCCUCUGAGGCAUGGAGUCAGUCGGGAGGCAGAUAGACAGCGUGUUAGGGAGAUUCUGUCACAAGCGAUGGAGAGGGCAAACUAAGGAGGUUUCGCCUUAAAAAAGAGCAAAUAUUUACAUAACUUCAACUCUCGAGCUACCGUCCAAAAUAACAACUUCGUCAAGUUUUUCAUCCUCGA